AUAACACUACGACUACGUUUUGGGCGUAUACAUUCUUCAGUUAGGAAGAGACCAUGUCGGCUUCAUUCUCCGGUGCGGAACAUGACCAGCACACUCGCAUAUCCAGCCGCUCCCAGCCUGGGUUUCUGGAGCGGUUGAGCGACACUGCUGGUGGAAUGGUUGUUGGUGUCAUUGUUUUCUUCCUUUCAUUUUAUGUCCUCUUCACAAAUGAGGGAAGGGCAUUACAAACAGCCAAGUCUCUGGAAGAGGGUCUCUCCCUGGUAGUUUCCCUGAAUCCUUUCUCCAGCCCAGCCGACCACAACAACAACCACCUGGUCCAUCUGUCUGCACCUCUACGCACUUCCCAGCCUCUGCAUGACCCAAACUACAGGGUAGCGGUCCAGGCUGUGAAGCUGAAGAGACAGGUGGAGAUGUAUCAGUGGGUGGAAUAUCAGGAAAGCAAAGACAUUGUAGAGGAUGGAGAGACCAAAUCAGAGACUACGUACACAUACAAUACAGAAUGGAAAUCUGAUCUUAUCAACAGCAGGAAUUUUGAUAAGGAGAUUGGCCAUAUCAAUCCAAGUGCCAUGGCAGUGGAAAGUGUGACAGUGGUGGCUCCAAAUGUGUUGGUUGGGCCCCUUUCUCUGUCUAAAGGAUUUGUGGAUCAGAUUGAGAACUUCCAAACGUUAAGUCUUAAGGGGCUCCCUCCCUCGGACACGGACAACUUCCUCACCAUUGACGAAGACUACUUCUACCACACCCAAAACCCUCGCCAACCUGAAGUGGGUGAUGUGCGUGUGAGCUUCUCCUACGCAGGACUCAGUGGGGAGGGAUCGUACCCUGGGCCAGCCCAAACCGUCAGUGUGGUGGGCAUGCAGAAAGGUGUGAAUCUGAUGCCUUUUAAGACCCAGGCAGGAGACACUCUGGAGAUCCUCUACCUGCAGGAACUGUCUGCUCAGGAGGUGUUUGAGAAGCAGCACCAGCACAACAGCAUGGUGACCUGGGGCCUCAGAGCCGCAGGCUGGGCUCUCAUGUUCCUUGGAGUCAGUCUGACUGUCCGCAUCGUCCACACGCUGGUGGACUGGGUGCCUGUCCUUCGAGAGCUGGUGUCCCUGGGGUUGAAGCUCUUCGCGCUGUGCGUCUCUUGUUCCUUCUCCCUCCUCACUAUCGCCUCCGGGUGGCUGUUCUACCGCCCCCUGGUGGCUGUGGCUUUGGCAGCGGCGGCUCUGGUCCCGAUCUUCAUGGCCCGCUCCCGAGUCCCGGCGAAGAAGCACCAAUGACAGCAGACCUCAAAAGCCUUCGGAUUUCAUCCGUUGGCUCCCUGUUAAGAGA